AUGUCCCGUAAUUCUGACUCCGAUGGAGACGAUGCUAUUCUAGUAGGCCGAGAAGAUGUUGAAGGCUUCAACACUGAGAAUAUCCUUCCCCUACCAGUCGCAGGUCUUGUCAAAAUUAGAGAAUGGUUGCAACCAACUCCCUAUGACGAAGGAAAAAGUGGCUUACAUCGACGGCCGCGUAUCAAAACUGGCACUCCUUUUCUGAAGGGUUUCACCCGAUCUGAUAAUGCGGAAGCAUCUAUAUACCAAAUCCUCCGACCUGGUCCCACGAAUAAGUGUCUUGCUAUUGCAUGUCUGGACUACCUCAAAUCAGGCUGUCUGGAUGACUAUACGAUCAAAGAUAGAAACAGGGACUGUGUGCUUUGGAGCCCAAGAACGGACGAUCAGAUUGAAACCCUACUUCAGUACCCCUUCCUGGAAUAUGCAGCAGUUAAUUGGUCUGUGCAUUCCCGUCGUGCUGCUCUGGCAGGGGCAGAUAUGCUGCCAUUCUACGACUUCAUCGACGCCUUUUUCGCGAAUGAGCAACAAUUCCGAGCCUGCCACUUCAUCAAACUCCUGCUCACAGCUGGGAUUGACCCGGUUACUCCCAAGACGAGUGACAUCCAUAGAGGAUGGUGUGGAAAUGCAUCAACAACUUAUGAACAAACCCCGCUGAUGUACGCUUGUCACAACGGCCAUUUCAAGUCAAUGGUCGAAUUCAUCCCUUUCCUAAAAGACCCCCAAGUCCUCCAGAAAGCUCUUUACUGGGAAGCAGAGAAGGGACGGGCAGACAUUGUGGGACUGCUUCUUGAGGAGACCAGUGUGGAUGUGAAUGGGAAAUAUCAAGGAGACACCGCUCUCUUCAAAGCCGGUGAAGGUAAACAUCCGAAAACAAUCGAAAUACUGCUGCACGGGGGUGCCAACCCGAACAAACUUUGCUGCCGAUCUGGGGACGAGUUUUCGAACGAGUGUUUUAUGCGUUAUCCCAGACAACUUCGCGACGAGGGAACGCUGCCAGGAUGGCGUGCCUUGCACGCCAUCUGCCGCAGCAAACAUGGCUUUUCGCAAGCCCGAGAUGACGUUGAAGCGCUGAAAUGUGCUCAGCUUCUACUCGACGCUGGUGCCAAUGUUCUUUUUCAAGCUUCCGAUGGCUCUACGGCCUUGCAUCAUGCCUGUAAACACUACACUAGUGUGGUCAAACUGUUGAUGGAGGCAGGUGCUGAUCCGACGGCGGAAGACGACUCGGGCAAUACACCUUUGCACACUGAGGGUAAAACCGACAAAGAAUUGCUUCCUCUGCUUUUGGGCGCAGGUCACGUUAAUAUCAAUAAGCGUUCAGAAAAGGGCGGCAAAACGCCACUACAGUGUCGUCUCGAGGGCAUUCGUCGUGGCAAUGGCAUUGAAUUCCUCAAAUACAAGCCUGAUGUCAAUGUUACCAGCCCUAAUGGCGAUGGCCCGCUUCACAUAUAUGUGAAAAACGUGGGGCACCGGAAAAUUAAGGUCAUUGAAGCGUUGGUUGCCGCUGGGGCGGACCCGAAUAUGAAGAAUCGUAAAGGCGACACGCCAUUGCAUACUCUAUCUAGAGACAAUAUCCAUGUUGCUACUGACCUACUGAAUGCUGGUGCAGACAUUGAAGCUCGAAAUAACGAAGGCCAGACCCCGCUCUUCAGUCACGUCAUUCCAGAUAGUAGGCACUGGGAACCCCCAAUCGUCCAGUUCUUGAUUGAUCGAAGUGCUAGACUGGACACUCGCGACUACAAGGGGCGCACUCUUUUGUUCCAAUGCUUUUGGGAGCGUGAGUAUUUCGACAAGCUGAUAGAUCUCGGCUUUAAUCCUGCAGCCGCAGACUAUAUGGGCAACACCAUUUUCCAUGAAGCUGUUGCUGAUAGAACUCGGUUUAAGGAUCUUGGUGACUUGAAGCGUCUGUCAAGCUUAGGAUUGAACAUCGACCAGCCAAAUCAUUCCGGUAGAACUCCUCUUCAUGCGAUUUGCAAUACGUCAGAAAAUGAGAGAGAUGACAAGGAUGCGGAGCGGACCCUUGAUUAUAUCCUUCGGGUUUGCAAGAAUGUGAACCCCCAAGACUUGGAAGGCAUUCUACCCGUACAUCUCGCUGCAGCGGUCUCCGAGGUCUCUAUGGUCAAGCUGGCCAAUGCCGGGGCCGAUCUCUCUGUCGUCACUCAUGAUGACAUGACUGUCCUUCAUAUUGCAGCUCGGGUGCGCCAACCUAAUAUCAUUAGCUUUGUUUUGUCACGGCCCGGCGGCGUUGGGGAAGAUGAGAUCAAAGCGUUCAUCAACAAAGAAAACCACGCAGGUGCAACAGCUCUCCAUUAUGCCUGCCGAUCGGGUCGUUCUGAAUCCGUCAAAGCCCUUCUUGAAGCUGGAGCCGAUCCCAAUCACCUAGACAAAUCAGGGGACUGUUGCUUUGGAGCAGCGGUGCAGUUUGAAACGGAGAAGGAGCUUUGGAUUGAAGGGAACGGAAAGUCACAUACAGGGACAGGCUUAGUUGCAGCUGGUAUCUUGAUCGAGGACGAGGAGCGGCCAUACGUUACCCAAAAUGGGGAUUGGAGACGUCCCCCAUUGACCUCAGAGCACGAUACAACCCGGCUAGAGGAGAUAUUUGACUUGCUCGUCCUUCAUGAAUCAUGCUUGACCAGCUAUCAAGGGGAAUUUUCCAAAAAAAAUUUGAAAAUCUGUCCAAAGAACAUCAAUACAAACUCGAUUGUCUCAGCCAACUGGCAGAUCGUCUUCCAGACUGAAAAUGCCUUCGAAAGCGAAAAGCAAGAAUUUGCCAUGAAGUUGCUUGGAGCUCGACAGUACAGCAUUUUCAAGGAAAUAUCCUCGGACCUUGAUCUAGGCCGACUCGAAAAUUAUGGGAAAUCCAUUUUGAAUCGUCUCGUGUGUUUUGGUUACAGCGAUCUUCUGGCUUGUACCUUCAACGGCAACGCAGCUUCGCAUUACGAUGACCCGGAAUGGUGUCUGGCAGCAGAGAGCAAAAACACCAAUCUCCAUGGGGAACCUAGAAUUCAGCCCUUGCUACCAACUGCAUGCUCGCGUGAGCUGCCCAAUAUGGAAAUGGUGGAGCUGCUGGUUGAGAAAAUCGGCGUCGACAUCAACGCACGGCGGAGAGGCGAAACCUGGGGAACUGGAUCCAGAGAGAAGGGCGCAAACAUGGAACUCCGGGACGAAAAUGGGGUAACACCCCUGCAUAUUGCCUUGGACCAUGAGAAUUUCCUUGGUCUGUAUCGCAAGGAAGCGGCGAGGCUCAUAAUCGAGAGCGGUGCUGACGUUAAUGCAAUUGACAACAAUGGGAAUACUUGUUUGUCAAAAGCCGGUAAAGAUCUUGAUUUGAUCAAACUGCUCCUUGAUCAUGGAGCCACGGUGAAUGGAAGGGCAAUAUUUUCUGUGAUAACGCUGGGCCAAAUUGAUAUCCUGGAACUGCUCUUCGCCAAAGGUCCGCUCGAGGUUCGCGGAGUGGGACCCAACGCAAGAUCGGAGAUAUCCCGGCCAGCUGCACAUCAUAUUUAG